AUGCCUGCUCUUAUAAAAUCCUUUCUUAGUAGUAGUAGUAGUAGUGGUGGUGGUGGUGGUGGUUAUGUGGAUGAAAAUGAUGAAAAAAAGACUGAAAAGGGGGAGGAAGUUGAAAAAAUGGACGUGGAAGUGGAAAAAAAAUCAGAGAACAUAACAAACGGAGAUGAAAAUGAGAAAAAAAAUGAAAAAUCCGAGGAGAAGAAUGAUGAUGAUGAUGAUAAGAAGGUUGUGGAGACGGGAGAAAAAAAGGAAACGGAAUCGUCGGGUGAUGGUACGAAGGUGGAGAGUGAUGAAGUUAAAACGGAAAAACAAAUGAAUGAUGAAAAGGGAGAAACGAACGGGAUAGUGGAAGAUGGUGGAAAGGAAAAAGAGAAAGAAAAGGGAGGAGAUGAAAAAAAAAUUGAUUCGGAUGGUGUCGUGGAUUCGACGAGCGAGGUAGGAGUCGGUGAAGAAAAGAAAAAAGGUGACGAAAAUGACGGAGAAGUGAAAAAAUCGUCGGAUGAAAACGAAGCAGACGAAAAGAAAAACAACGUCACGAACGGAGGAGUCGAAAAUAAGGAAAGUAAGACAAAAGAUGGCGAAACGGACGGAAAGGAAGUGAACGGAAGCGAAGCGAACGGAUCUCACGAUAAGGAAAACGAAAAAGUCACGGAAGAUUCCGUUACGGUGAAAAAAGUCGGGGCGCAAGAGGAAAAAGCGGAUUCGACCGUCGACGUUUCCGCUUAA